AUGACUUCAGUAACAGACUUUUCUGGUCCAUCCCCAUACUCUGGCUCAACAGCACGGGAUGUUCGCCGUACUCAAUCAUUAUCUGUACGCCAUCUUCAAUCUGGGUACUCUCCAUCAAACUUCUCUAAUAUUUUUCCUUUGACUGCUCUUCCAGUCAGUUCCUUUACACAACCUUCUUUCGGAUUUAAUAUUGACUCCAGGCACUUCUCUGAGUCCCAUACUACAAACAUGUCCAGUCAGUCCCAGCUGACCUCCAAGGGUUAUGAACAUUCCAUCAGAAAUAUGCGCACUGUGCGCCAGAGUCAUCUAAGCAUGCCCGACCACCAUGAAUUUGUUGCUGCUGCGAUGUCGAAACGGAACACAACACAACUAUCUAGUAUGAUGCAGUUUGAGACCCGGUCGCCGCCAUACCCACUGUAUGACGAGAAUGUUUACACUCAGUCAACACAUAUUGUCCAUUGUUCUCACGAUACAUAUUUCCGUCAGCCAACAGCAGAAGACUUUCUCCGACAACAUCCUCCACUACCGCCACCGCCAGUGGAAGUAUGCGACAUCGAUCAAGAUCUCCCGGUAAUCGAGCCAGACUCACAUGUAGAAAUGGAUCAGCUUGAACAGCCCAUUGAAGAUCCUUGCAAUUCCCAACCUGGUAAGAUGGAUGCAGGUACACCCACACAUCCUUCCACCAAGUCUCCGCCCGAGCCGUCAUGUACACAUCACAACAGCCGCGUACAAUCCAUCGAUAGUGACAUGUAUCAACCAGCUCUUGGGGGGCUACACAAAAUCUCGAACCUUCAAGGCAAAACCUCGAAGUGCAACAAAGUCAGAAACGCGGUGAGCAGGCUAAAUCCCUUCAGGCGCCAACGGCAGUUUGGGAGUGGGACAAAGCGAUAA